AUGGCCGGUAAAAUGGCGGUCGCGUACCUGAUUUGCAUUUUAUAUACUGUAUCCCUUGUUCAGGGCAAUCCGCUUAAUGCCGGAUCAGAGGCGAUCAUCGAAGAUCUCCGAAACACGGACCGCCAAUCUCGCAUCGUAGCCGGUUGGCCUGCAGAAGACGCUCAGAUCCCGCAUCAGGUCAGCAUUCGUAUGGUCAGCCCCGUCGGGGCAGUCAGCUCCUGCGGCGGUUCAAUUAUUCACCACGAAUGGGUCCUGACUGCGGCUCACUGCGUCGCCAAUCGCAUCAACUUCGUGGUGCGUUUGGGAUUGACGAACCUGACCCGCCCGGAUUACUUGGUCGAGACCACACACAAGUUCAUUCAUCCGGGGUACAUUGAAAUUAUAGCCGGAGUCCAAACCGACGACAUCGCGCUGGUUAAGCUAAACCAUCACAUUCCAUACACACGUACCAUCCAGCCCUGCAGACUACAGAACAGUGAACAGAAGAACAUCAAUUACGAUGGCGCGGUCUUCACCGUCAGCGGCUACGGACGUACGGAUGAUCCAUGGAACGGUGGCGUGGCGUCAGAAAUCCUAUUGUGGGUACAUCUGCGUGGUAUCACCAACGAGCAGUGUAUGACCCACUACCCGAACAGCCGGGUCAUCCAGGAGCAGACCAUAUGUGCCGCUUACUACAACGACACCGCACAGUCCUCGUGCCAGGGAGACAGUGGUGGUCCUUUGACCAUCGUUGAUGAAGAUGGACAGCCCACCAUGGUCGGCGUAGUCAGCUUCGGACACCGAGAUGGUUGCAACAGUCCUCAUCCCUCAGGGUACGUUCGGCCGGGUCACUACCACGACUGGUUCUAUGAGGUGACCGGCGUCAACUUCGACUGGAGCAGUGAGGACCUGAAGCCGAUCGUCCUCGCCGAGGCCCAGGAUGACGUCAUGGCAGCCGAGUGA